AUGGAUAUACCAUUCGUUUGUAAUUUUCGAAGUGCUUCACUUUUCGUCCUUUGCUUGUUUUUGCUGCUUCCCUGUAAAACGUACUCCGGUAUAGAAGUCCGAAAAUGCCGGCACCGAUAUUAUGGAAACAAGGAAAAUAUAGUUUGUGUAUGCAACGCGACAUACUGUGAUGAUGUACCAAAAGUGGGUAACUUGAAAUCGCUGCAGGCAGUCAUCUAUAAAACGAACCAACGCGGAAAGCGUUUCGAAUAUACUGUCUCUUCAUUCGGAAAAAAAACAAAUGGAACCGGAGUCAUUCGCUUGGGAACUGAUAGUAAGAUACGGUUCCAAACAAUAAUUGGAUUUGGUGGAGCAUUCACUGAUGCGGCCGGUAUUAAUAUCGACUCGUUGAGUGUGUCAGCUCGAAACCAUCUGUUGCAGUCCUAUUUUGGGAAGACAGGUAUACAAUAUACGAUUGGCAGAGUGCCGAUUGCAAGUACUGAUUUCUCAACUCAUGCAUAUUCAUAUGAUGAUUCACCGAAUGAUUUUGCUCUUACCAAUUUCUCACUGGCUGAAGAAGAUUUCAAGUUCAAAAUUCCUUAUAUCAAGCAAGCAGUAAGCUUAACAGAUGGUGUACUCAAAUUAUUCGCUUCUCCAUGGUCAGCACCAGGAUGGAUGAAAACAAGUGGACAAAUGAUUGGUGGCGGAACGUUACGUGGGCCUCCUAAUGGGUCAUAUCAUGUGACAUGGGCUAACCACUAUGUGAAAUUUCUUGAGACAUACAAGAAGAAUGGCGUAACAUUUUGGGGACUUACUGUUCAAAACGAACCGGUAUCUGGCAUUGAUCUGUCGUACAAGUGGCAAACAAUGUAUUUUAGUCCCAAAGCUGAAGGCGAUUUUAUAAAAAAUCAUCUUGGUCCAGCGUUACGAAGAAGUGAAGUGGGUCGGAAUAUAUCGUUAAUGAUAAUGGAUGACCAACGAACACAGCUGCCAAUUUGGGCUGAUGUGGUCCUUAAAGAUAAGGAAGCUGCUCAAUACAUAUCUGGCAUAGCAGUGCAUUGGUAUAACGAUUUUGUGCCGGUGUCACAACUUUCUGAAACACACAGUCGUCAUCCAAAUAAGUUUAUCUUCGGGACUGAGGCGUGUACUGGAUUCAAACCUUUUGAACAUAGUCCGCUUCUGGGAGAUUGGUCACGCGGAGAGAUGUAUGCUCACGAUAUCAUUCAGGAUCUUUCUCACUGGGUGUCUGGGUGGACUGAUUGGAAUCUCUGUCUUAAUUUAAACGGUGGACCGAGCUUUGUCAAAAAUUAUGUAGAUGCACCAAUAAUAAUAAAUGCAACUGCUGAUGAGUUUUACAAGCAACCUAUGUUUUACGUUAUGGGACAUUUCAGUAAAUUCAUUCCACCGGGUUCAGUUCGAAUUGAAUUGCAUUUUUACAUGAAGCCGGUUUUGUAUGAAGGAGUUGCAUUCGUUACUCCAGCGCACCAACAAGUAUUAGUACUUUUGAAUCGUGGUAAUAAAUCAGUGACAUUUUCGGUCGAAGAUAAAGCUAAAAAUGGCUUGGCCCUCCGCAUACAGCUAGAAUCAAAAAGCAUUGCAACUGUUAUUUGGAAUAAAUAG